CUACCUAUACGUUAUGGACAAAAGAAUUCAUUUUGCUUGAAUUCAGUUCGACUUUUUUACUUUGUUAAAACUCUAUUCUUUAUAAAUUUUAAUACUUCUUUUGCUUUGAAGUCUCCGUACUUGAGAAAAAUUGCUAAAGCUUUUGUCUUCGUCGUCUUUUGUUUACACUCAAGUUCCCUCAUAUUAGCUUACACGGUACAAUUGCUGAAAGCUGCAAAUUUAUAUUUAUUUAUUUUUAAACAAUUUAUUCUUUGAAAUGGACAAUGAGCCUCUCAUUGACUGGGUUUAUGAGCGGUAUAAAAAACAACGACGGGAUUCUAUAAAAAAUGGCAGGUUUAACUUCUUGAAUACAACGACAAAGUACUUAAUCACUUCCAUUCUUUCUGGCAUUUUGGUGGGCCUAUCGACAGCUUUGCUGAAUGGCUUAACCUUCUUACUCAACAGUUUUCGUGAGGGAUAUUGUAAAAAGAAUAUUUUACUAGACAAAACAGCUUGUUGUGCGAUUCUUACCGACGAAUAUGAAUGUCAGGCCUUUCAUUAUUGGAGAAAUGAGCAUUCAUAUUUCACAGCUGUUUUAAUUUAUUCUUCUUUCUCUUUUGGAUUUGCUUUACUGGCAUCUUUGUUAAAGGCAUUCUUCUUUCCCUCCGUAUCCGCAAGUGGAAUUCCAGAGAUUAAAGCAACCUUAAGCGGCUAUACACUCCCUGAUGCGAAGAUUUUUUUUUCUUUUAAAACGCUUAUCUCAAAGUCAUUGUCAAUAUGUCUUUGUGUUGCCUCUGGUCUGUGGGUUGGUAAAGAAGGCCCUUUUGUUCAUAUAGCCAGCAAUAUAGCUAUCCUUAUUGCUUCACUAUUUCCUGAAAUAAGAACAUCAAAUCUUUUUUCUCGUCAGAUUCUGAUUGCCGCAAUAUCGUCUGGUAUAGCUGCUUCAUUCAACGCUCCUGUCGGCGGAGUUUUAUUCGCUUUGGAGCAAGUCACCACUAGUUCAUUUCCAUCUUCUUUAACAGGCUCCAUAUGGUAUGAAUUCUUGUGCUCUGCGUUUUCGGUUGUUACUUUACAACUGCUUAGAUCUUGGCAACCCGGUGCUGGUUUUCUUUCAUACAUUUCGUUGGAAAGGUAUUGGUCUUAUCUAGAUUUACUUCCUUUCAUUUUUAUUAGCGUUCUUUGCGGAUCUCUUGGGUCAGUUUUAGUUCGCUUAAAUAUCAAAGUUUUUAAAAAGUACGAUUCAUUUCCAAAAUGGUUCAGUAUAUGUUUAGUUGCUUUACUAAGCCUGAUUACUUGUUUUGUAUCAAUCCCAGCUUUGUUUGAUUACGAUAUCUUAUACAACCCGACGGAUUUGUUUUUUCAAGUUUCGAAUUCCUGCUCUCCUUCGUCUGCUUCUAUAUUAUGUGAAGCUCCGCCAUGGAUUACCUCUUUAGUCCUUUUUGCUUCCGCGACUGUAGGGUUGCUUUUGACAGGCCUUACUUAUGGAAUGCAAAUACCAGGUGGAAUCCUUGUACCUUCGUUGGCAAUUGGUGCUUGUCUAGGUAGAUGCAUCGGCACCAUUCUAAGAAGCAAUUUUUCUUCCUUGGCAGGAUCUACCGUAUAUGCUAUCGUCGGAGCAACUGCUUUCCUAAGCUCAACAACUAGACUUACCGUGUCGCUGGUGGUUAUCAUCUAUGAAUUAACGGGUGCCUUUACUGUUGUAUUACCUCUCAUGCUUGCAACCCUUCUCAGCAGAUGGAUCUCAAACUUUGUCAAUCCAUUUUCCAUUUAUGAUUCUUGGUUACACUUUAAAAGUAUCCCUUACUUUCCUAUCUCAGACGCCGAUAGUAUCUCUUCGUUUAAUUUGAAUCUUCCAAUGACUCCGAGUGAAAAAAUUUACAAGUUACCUUUGGACAGAUGUACUAUUCAUCAAAUGGAAUGUGCAUUUAAACAUAGUACUCAUCCUUAUAUAGCUGUCGUGCAAGACCAAACAGAAUUUUUUGUCGGCCUUAUUUCUAGAGAGAAAUUAGGGGAGCUGCUACAUAUUUCACCUUUAAAUGAAGGUCUAUUUACACAAGUCAGUUCCACUUUGCAACCUGAAGAACAAAGUUUAUCUUCGAUUGAUCUGACGUUUUCGCUCUCUGAUCAUUUGUAUCCAGCUACUUUUACCCUGAAUCAUAGUACUCCACCAGUACUGAUACUUAAGAUGUUUAGAGAAAUGGGAAUAACCGUUGUAGCUUUGUUAGUUCGUGGAAAACUGCAUGGUAUAAUCACAAAACUGGAUAUCUUAGAACAAGCUAUAUCUUUGAGAAGUCAUGAAAGCAUGUUAUUUUCUCAAGCUCGACAAACAGAUACGAGAUGAUACGAGUACCAAAACUCUUAUAUGUAGAAAACCAUUAUGUUAUUCCCUGUUACCGAUAAUAUCCAAAACUUGUACGUAAUUAAUUUAUAACCAACCUAGACCCAAAAAUUUUUUUACUUCAUUCCGUGGACAAUUUAAAAAGGCUAUUUGCUGAUCGCGAAAUAGCAGGAGAAUAAUGAUUCUUCAGAAGAAAAGUUUCAUAAAGCAUGGCAGUUGAUGACUUACAUAGUUCCGGGUCCUCAACGAACGGCUGAUAAAUGCCAUCGCCGAUUUGCUCUUCAGAAGUAAACAUUCUAUGCAACUUAGUGUACCGCGACACCAGUCGAGCAAGGAGUGCGAUCGCAGCCGUCGAGGAAUGCUCUGGGAGCUGCAAACUAGAAAUAGCCAAUCUCUUUGAAAAUGCGGCAAGACGAGUGGAACUGACACUCUUGCUCUUAAAAAAGAAGGACUGAUAGCACUUUAAUAACAUCUCCAUUUGGGUAGAAGCGUUAACAACGUUCUUCUUUGAAGGAGCAUCUGGAUCCCGAAGUCGAUUCACCUUGUAUGACAAAUCGGCAUCUGGGUUCAAUGAAAAUGGAAGAAUUAAUCUGUAAAGUCGUUGAAUAAAAAUGCUUAAAUCUAGAUCCAAAUUUAACUUAUUGACUCCUGGUGCUGAUGCGAUUUCAAAAGCCGUACUAACAGUCAAGAGAGCUUCCCUCGUACUUUGAACAGCCGGUUUGCCUUCUGCUAACAACAUAUUAUCAUCUGAAACAAGUUCACGCAGGACCUGCAAUAAAUCCCCGAAGAACUCGACAUUUAUGAGAUGAGAUAAUCUAGCCAAACCUUCUAAAGCAUUACCCAAUAAUUUACUUCUUGCCUGCAAUGUCUUAAAAUAAGUAAGGAAAACAGUUUUCAACACUUCAUUUUGGUAUCGUUCACGAUCUUCAGCGGAUAUUACCGCUUCUGCUUCCUUCAUUUCUUUUUCAAUCUCCUUUGUUUCCUUCAGCGUUUUCCUCGCUUUCUUAUUAAGAUGAGGACGAUCCUGCUUUCUCUUUUUUAUUUUACUUCGCUCUUCAGAGCUAUCCUUUAAUUCCAUAUCGGAAAGAACUUGAAUAUGCAGGAACAAAUCGUAAACCUCUGGAAGAACAUCAUAAUUGCGAUGUUUAAACAUCUUUGACAACAAUUUAACACAAUCCAAAGAAACACGUCCAAGAUUAUCUUCCUUAAGGAUAGCAGUUAGACUGUUUAUAAACAAAUCAAAGCUAUUUCUCUUAGACUUGUGACUGAUUUGCUGAACAGCCAAAGUCAAUAGUUUAUCAUGAUAAUUAAAGUGUGGUACAUGUUCAAUUAAUCGAGAUACACAACGCACUGCGACUUCAUAGAGAGACUUUUCUACAUCGUUUUCUAGAGAAGCGUAUGAUUUAAGGAUAGAUUCCAAAAUUUCGAUAAAUCGCAUAUAAUAUUUCAGAAAAGUCUGUUCAUAUGACCAGCGUUGUGCAACUUCUUUGGAUAAUUUUGUGCUUUGUUCUUCCUCUGACAAAGGACGGAUACGGUAACCAGGGAUUAAGUCCUGGAAAACAGCAAGAGCAGUCAGAAGACUCAAUUUUUUGAUAGUAAUUAAUGGUGAUUGAAACUUUUCGAAUAUACUUUUGAAGACAUGCAAAGAAUCUUCUGGUUCUUCCAAUAGUUUUUGAGCAAGAGAAGCCAAUACUUCUUUAUCCAACUGGAUUUGCUGCUUAGGUGAAAGCUGAGGCUCUUCGACCGAAGUAUCUUUUGAAGGGUCUUCCUCUUUUAUUUCUUCUCCUUGACCUUCUCCCUCGGGAGAAUCUUCCUUUUCUUCUUCUUCUUCUUCUUUCCCAUUACCUUCGGCUUGGGUUGCAUCUUCCUUCACUGCAUGCAAAAGCCCCUCUUUGGUCUUAAUGGGCAAACGAUUUGAGUCAGUCAUGUUCCAUGAGCUAAUAGCUCUUGGACGAAGCUCAUAAUCUUGUUCUUGAUCAGAAUCAUUUGAGUAAUUAGGAAUGUCUUCAUCAGAGCCAUACGAAUCGAACUCCUCUUCACUGUCAAAGUCAUCAUCUUUAGAAAGUUUCUGAUCGUAAAUUUCUGGACGAGGACCUUUCUCUACCUUCUUUGUCAAUUCUUCUGGCUUUACAUUAGUAAGAAAUUGCAGUGACGUUGGAUUUUCAUCCAACAUCGCAAAAUCCUCCUCUGUUAAUUCUCGUUCAGGGACUUCAGGCGCCGGCACUCCCUUUUUCCCUUUAUUCUCUUUUCCUUUCUCAUUUUGCUUAGUUCCUCUUUUCUAAUGUCACGUUAGCACAGUCUUUCUUUUAACUUUCAUUCACCAUACCAAUUGCUUCUUUUCUGACGCAUUCUUUUUUUGGAUCGAGCUCUCCUUUAUGUUUUUUAUUUUAGAAGAAGCCACCUUCGACUUGGAUGAUUUGGUGCCUUUUUUUGGCGCCAUUUCUUCGUGCUUAGAGAAAGACAACUUCAAGUUGAACACAGAAUUUGGCUACUUAAUAAAUAGCGAUGGCUACCGUACCGUUGUUAAAUGAAGAAAAUGGUAAAAAGGAUAUAGAAAAUUUC